CCCCCUUUCACUCUUCUUAAGGAGCCAUUCAUAAACUACUCAAACCCAGCGCCGAGCUGAGAGUGGACGAAAAGUGAGAGAGGGCAGAGAAAGGCACGAAGAAGAGAUGAAAGCUCCAGCAGCGCGGUGUCUUUAAGCCUGUGCAGCCACCUGGUUCUGACCCAGAACCUGAAUAUGACUCCCUGGAAGUGCUUAUGACCGGGACUGAUCAUCUAGCAGGCUGCUCAGAUUCAUCUCUAUCCGCUUCCUCCUUCUCACACUGACGUCCAUCCGCUGCUAAAAGCAAGAAGAAGAAAAAAGAAAAAAAACUUUGAUCCAACAUAUUUUUUUCCUUUUUUUUUCUUUCUUUUUUUUUUUUUUCGCUGCUCUGGAAGCUUUUGCCUCUGGCUUUACCGGUAAGCGUUGGAUCCGUCAACUUACUGCGACUCUCCGGUGUACAGCCCGGACCUCUGCCCCAACAUGAUCGCGACGCAGGCGAAGCUGGUGUACCAGCUCAACAAAUACUACAACGAGAGAUGCCAAGCGCGCAAGGCGGCCAUUGCGAAGACCAUAAGGGAGGUUUGCAAAGUGGUGUCGGAUGUCCUCAAGGAGGUGGAGGUGCAGGAGCCCCGCUUCAUCAGCUCCCUCAGCGAGAUCGACGCGCGCUACGAGGGGAUGGAGGUCAUCUCCCCGAACGAGUUCGAGGUGGUGCUCUACCUCAACCAGAUGGGGGUCUUCAACUUCGUGGACGACGGCUCGCUGCCCGGCUGCGCGGUGCUGAAGCUGAGUGACGGCCGUAAGAGGAGCAUGUCGCUGUGGGUCGAGUUCAUCACCGCUUCGGGCUACCUCUCGGCCCGAAAGAUCCGCUCCCGGUUCCAGACUCUGGUGGCGCAGGCCGUGGACAAGUGCAGCUACCGAGACGUGGUGAAGAUGGUGGCCGACACCAGCGAGGUCAAGCUGAGGAUCAGGGAGCGGUACGUGGUGCAGAUCACCCCCGCCUUCAAGUGCACGGGCAUCUGGCCCAGAAGCGCGGCGCAGUGGCCCAUGCCGCACAUCCCCUGGCCCGGACCGAACCGGGUGGCCGAGGUCAAGGCGGAGGGCUUCAACCUCCUGUCCAAAGAGUGCUACUCGCUGACGGGGAAGCAGAGCUCGGCGGAGAGCGACGCCUGGGUGCUGCAGUUCAGCGAGGCCGAGAACAGGCUGCUCAUGGGCGGCUGCAGGAAGAAGUGUCUGUCGGUCCUGAAGACUCUGAGGGACCGGCACCUGGAGCUGCCGGGCCAGCCGCUCAACAACUACCACAUGAAGACCCUGCUGCUGUACGAGUGCGAGAAACACCCGAGGGAGACGGACUGGGACGAGUCGUGCCUGGGAGACCGACUGAACGGCAUCCUGCUGCAGCUCAUCUCCUGCCUGCAGUGCCGCAGAUGCCCCCACUACUUCUUGCCAAACUUGGACUUGUUUCAGGGAAAGCCUCACUCGGCCCUGGAGGCUGCGGCGAAGCAGACGUGGAGACUAGCGAGAGAAAUCCUCACCAACGCCAAAAGUUUGGACAAAUUAUAGAACAAGCGCCGAGAGACUUUUUUUUGUUUGUUUGUUUUGUUUUUGGGAUCAAAUCUAUAAGACUUCUGCAACCGAGUCUCCAAGAAAUGUGAAAAAGAAAAAGCCGCAGCAAAGCAAACCCUUUGAAUAAAUCGGAGCAAAUUGGGCCGCUACCGCAGAAACAAGUGAAGGUACAAAUUUCUGAUAAAUGUUCCUACAUUUCCUUCUGUCUUCUUGAAAUGUUUUCACAAAGUGAAGAACCUUUUAUUUAAAUAUAUGCACAAAAUCGCUAAGUGAAAGAUUGUAGUGUGCCAAGUUCAUUUUUUUUUCCAUUAUGUGACUUCAGAAGAAAUGUUAAUAAAAUGUUGCAAAUUAAA